AAAUUUUGACACUUGCAUAAUUGUUUAUUGGUCUUUCUUCCACAUUGUGAAAUUUGUUUAGUGUUUUUUAAUGUUUUUAUAAACAGGCUUUUAUUAAACAAUAAAUUUUGAAACGUAUUACAGAAUGAGUACUCUCCCUUCUUCGCCUAGCUUCAAGCAGUACAGAAAAAUUCGUUUUGGCAACGUCAUAUAUUACGAGAAUGAUGUCAUACUUUUUACUGAUGUGGAUGGUUCAGAAGUAGGAAUUAUUAAUUAUAUAUACGACUCAAAUGACGAAAAUUUACUCAAUAUAAGAAAAUAUGUAUUUGCUAGAAAAUUAAACAAGGUCUUUAAGAAACAGGGAUUAGAAUACGACAAACAGAAUGAGGUUGUUCAAGAUUUAAGCCAGUGUUAUGACAUAUCACUAAAACAAAUUAUAAGAAAGUGCACAAUAGCUUUUCUUUGUCCGGAGGAUAAUGUAUUUUAUAUCGACAAAAAUCGGUUUGAUACAACAGAAUGUUAUUCUUGUCGUUUUUCGAUAAAAGGAAACCAACUUUUUCCUCUUUUUAGUGAAUCAAAUACUUCUUUAUCCGAUAAUACAUUAUUCACUCCAACAACAAAGAUAUUAAGUGAGAACAAUAACACACCUAACCAAACAAUGACAUUAAAUAAUAGUAUCGAAGUCUGUUUUGACAACGAAUACUAUUCUCCUACACAACGCAACCUAGUGAAGAGAAAUUUAAACAAAUCUUUUGGAAAUUCGCCAUCGACAAAAAAUGAUUCAAUACUAAAUUAUUCCAUAGAAUCAUUAUCAGACGACGAUAAUGACAGGUUGGUUCUCAAACUAAAAGUUUCCAAGAAUACUCGAAGUCCAACAAAAAGAAAUGCUAUUCCAACUGAAAAUACAGUUUCCAGUCCACCGAAAAUUCGAAAAUCUGGAAGAAGUACUACUAGGAAAUCCUACGCUGAUUAUUUAUCGCCAACCAAAAUUAACAAGCGUUUUGGGUAUCAAGACAAAUCUUCAGAUGAUGAAGAUUUUAAAACUACGAGAACCACUCCGAAACGCACACCAAUUGUGAACAAAGAGAAACUCACGAGUAUAUCUUCUUCCAAAAGGAAAGUCAAACCUCCACAACAUUAUGCAGAGGAAAGUAAGUCUAUGUAUCAAAGAACACCUAGAGGUACACCGGCUAGAAAGAGUUUGAAGUUGUCAGUAGCAGAAUCAAACAAUUCUCCAACUAGAAGUUCACGAAGAAAGGCAUUGCACUCUUCAAGCGAAGAUGACAACUUAGGAGUAAUUGGUACUUUAGAAAAUGAGAAUUUGAACGACUCCCUAAGGACAAACCUAUUUAAAAGUGCAUUGGUGAAGGCACCAAGAGACGAAAAUAAUAGAAAUUUAAUAAAUGUUGCAGAAUCAAGUGAUUCAGAAACCGACGACAAUGAGAAUAAUACGAAAGACUUAAAUAAAUCGUUUACAAAUACUUUGCGAGUAAACUUAAAAAAGUUAAAUCUAAGCAACGAAGAAAAUGUUAGCGGAAGCCAAGAUGCCAGCGAUGAGCUCAGGAAAGACUUAAAUAACAAGUCUGUUACCAAUGUUUUGCGAGUGCAUUUAAUGAAGUUAAAUGUCAGCAAUGAAGACAAUAGUUGUGGCCAAAUUGACAGUGAUGAGGCCAGCACCCCUAAAAAAGUGUCUAGAAGAAAAGUAUCCACUCCAAAAUCCACGAAGACUGCUGUAAGAACUCCUCGAUCUGUAAAAACGUCAAAAACGGUUAGUAAGAGUCCAGAAAAAACUCCUAGAGGCACUCCAAGGACUCCUAAAAAUACAGCCAAACUUAUCAGGGAAGGGAUUGUCACUCCAUCUAUGCAAGAGAGAAGUAAAAAAAUAAAAGGCGAUACUACACCGUUGAUGAAGGCGAGGAGUCAGCUACAUGUUUCUUAUAUACCUGAAUCAUUGCCAUGUCGAGAAAAGGAGUAUUGUGAUAUUUACAAUUUUGUAGAAGGAAAAUUGCUGGAUGGUUGUGGAGGGUGUAUGUAUAUCUCUGGAGUACCUGGUACUGGUAAAACGGCGACUGUAACUUCGGUAAUGCGACAAUUAGAGUCUAGUAAAGGUGUUCCCAAAUUCAAAUUUGUCAACGUUAAUGGAAUGCGUCUAACAGAACCUAGGCAAGCUUAUGUUGAGAUUUUGAAACAACUUACAGGAAAAACAGUUUCAUGGGAACAAGCUCAAAAUAGUUUGGAAGAAAUAUUUGUUAAGUCUAAAAAGAAAGAAUCUAUAGUUAUGUUAAUAGAUGAGUUGGACAUUUUAUGCACCAAACGACAAGACGUAGUAUACAAUCUUCUAGACUGGCCUACCAAAGCUAAAAAUCAGUUAGUUGUGAUUUCAAUAGCCAACACCAUGGACUUGCCAGAAAGGUUAUUGAUGAAUAGAGUGACUAGUCGUCUAGGACUGACCAGGCUAACAUUUCAAGCAUAUACUUUUAAACAACUGCAAGAAAUAGUCAUGAAAAGGUUAUUCGGAACUGAUAGUUUUAAUCCAGACGCUGUACAAUUUGUUGCAAGAAAAGUAGCAUCAGUGUCCGGUGACGCACGAAGAGCUUUAGAUAUUUGUAGAAGAGCUGCCGAGAUUGCCGAAUCUGAAGGGAAAUCGCAGCUAGUAACAAUGACACAUGUAAACGAAGCAUUAAAUGCCAUGAUUACGCAACCGAAAGUAUUAGCCAUAAAACAUUGUUCAAAAUUGGAGCAGAUUAUUAUGCAGUCUAUAGUAGCCGAGGUGGAGAGGACUGGGGUUGAAGAAACAACCUUCUGUGAUGUAUAUAAAAUGUUAGUGACUUGCUCAGCUAUAGAAGGAUUCAAAAUGGUGUCAUCUACAAUCGCCCAAAGAGCCGUUUGCAGAUUAAGCGCCUCUAGGUUAAUUCUAGCCGAUCAAAAAUGUAAUAAUAUUCACCAAAAAAUUAUUCUUAACGUUAGUAUCGACGACGUGUAUUACGCACUACAGAAAAAUAACGGAUAAACAUUUAGUUUUUAUCUUAGGUUUUAAAUAUAUUAAUAUACUCAGGAUUUUAAAUAUUUAGAUAAUAGUCCAAGAUCCGAUAUAAGAACGACCUUCACAGAUCAGCUUAAUGGAUAAAAAUUACUUGAUAUAAAUAUAAUUUAAUAUGCUAAUAAUUAUAAAAAACAAGGGGUAUUUUGUCCUCACUAUAAUUAAUUAAUAAAUACCUAAUUAAAAAAUUACUUUUUUUGUAUAAAUUCUACUAAAAUUUUUUCGGCGUGGCCAGAUAUUUUUUUAGAUUUUUUGGAUCAUUCGAAACCAAAAAUGCCUUUUGCAAUUUUUCUCUUAAGUUGGCCGUUUUCGAGCUAUAAACAAUUAAAAACAAAAAAAAAAAACGAAUUGUGACGAUUUUAUAAGGCUUAAAAACAUAAUUUUUUUUUUUGAAAUUACGAAGGACAUAAAUUCAAGUUCUAACCGUAUUCUAUCAGUUCUUGAAGUAUUUUGGGUUUAUUUUAUUUUAAAACAUUGUUUUUAGUUGUUAAUGCAGCCCAAUCGCCUGUCUUCUCAUAAGAAACCUUCUUCAUUAUCAAUUAAAAAAUAUAAUAUUUUGGAAUAAAACAUUUUUAUAGAGACCUGAUAGAAGAUUUGAACUUGAAUGUAGGUACUUGAUGAUCACAAAAAUAAUAUUUUUUACUUGUAUUUUUGAGCCUUGAAAAUCGUAAUUUUUCGUUCUUUUUUCAGUUUUAAAUUGAUUGAAAUCGAAAACGAUCAACAAGAGAAAAAUUACAAAAAACCUUUCUUGUUUCGAAUGAUCCAAAAAGUCUAAAGCCGGAUCUAUGCCCGGACCGAAAACCUUUUUAAUAGAAUUUCUAAAAAAAGGAAUUUUUAAUUAUUUAUAGUCUGGACAAAAUUAUAUCGGGCACUUCUAGUUUUUUAUAAUUUUUGACAUACUAAAUUACAUAUCAAAUAAUUUUUAUCCAUUAGACAGAUCGUUGGGAGGUCGUUCUUAUAUCGGAUCCUCUACUGACAGUAAGUUUUAUUGAAUCCGAAAUGUUUCUUGAAGUGUUAUGGAACUUUUGUUACUUCCAUGUUUUGAAAAUAUGCGAACUAUUUUAAAGUGAAUUUGUUGUGAAGCAAUCGAAUUAUUGUUAAAAAAUUGAUAUAUUUAUUGUAUAACAGUUGAUAGAUUUGACUGCUACUGACAAAAAUUGAUUGCUGUAUAUUUAAAUUAAAGUUUAAUUAAAUUAGUUUUCUAAAUUUUCACAUAAAUAUAUAUUAUUAACUGUGGCUUGGUUUAAGAAGUGCCAAUCUCAGAAAAACAAUUUUUUGGUAAUCUGAGUUCAAAAAAAUUCCUUUUUGUCACUGUCCUAAAAUUUAUUUUAUGUGGUUGAUAUUUUGGGAAUAGCGUAAUUAAAUCAUUAUUAUUAUUAUUUCUGACAUAUUUUUAAAAUAUCUUUAAAAAUACUAAGGAAAUUGUUUUAAUUUUACUGUGGUUUUUAGCACUAUCACAAUAAUCACUACACAUUUUUAAAUACUGAAUACAUUUAUUUAACCAUUCGAUUAAAUAUAAAUUUGCAAGUAUAAAAAUAUUAAAAAAAUAAUGAAAGUUUCUUAUUGAUGAAAACUUUUAAGCAAAACAAUUAAAAAUUAAAUUUAACAAAAAAGUAUUGCCCAUUAUGUCUCUUUGUUAGUCACUUUCAUUUUUCCUUUCUUUAUCUGGUACGUAUUCAUCUUCGUUUGUAGCAUUAGCAGCUAAAUUGAAAUAGCCCAGAGAAAUAAGGUAUUCCCAUGACUUUAAUCCGGCGAGGUAUCUGACAAUUUUUUUGAGUUUAUAGUACUCGAUAUCCAAACCUCCAUGUUUUCUGCAAUGUAAAAUUCGCUCUAUAAACUAUAUCUUUGGUUCUUGUUGAUGGAUUUUGACGUUUUAUUUUUAGUUUGUGUGUACUCUGAUCGUACAUUAUGAAUGUAUCUUUUUUGCCAUCAAGUUUUUUAAUGUUGAAAAUGGUUUUUCUAACUUUUUUCUUUAAUUUCAACUUUCACUUGUUUAUGCUACAUGUGAAAUUAUGUGAAAUUAUUUUAGUUAAUUUUUUGACUUAUGUUAUUACAAAAAAGGUUGUUUGGGAUAAACAAAUUAAAUACAUAACUACUUUUAAACUUCUUGUUCUUCUACGGCACUACAGCCCAAAUUGAGCCAAACUACUUUUAAACUUAAUCACUCUGAAAUUUUAACCAUAUUUUUAAUAGGUACUACAGUCCCUGGCCAAAUUAUUAGACGCACUAGAUUAGACAGUAGAUUUUAUAAAAAAUGUUAAUUAUGAGGCGAUACUACGUAGGUUUUUUGUAUGUACCAGACACAAUGUAUGCUGUCUGGUUGUCCAUUUAAUUGUCUAUAUUUUAUCACAAAUAAAACAACAUUAUUAUUGAAAAUAUGUAUUUAUUGACUCUUGAAGGAAAACAAAAAUAACGACAAUUAAAUGUUAUUUUGUUGAGCCGCCUUUAGCCACUAUUAGAGCUUUAAUUUUACAGGUAUCGUAGUACAGGUUUGCAGUGAUAAUAUGCCGCGCAUAAUUAAAGCUCUAAUAGUGGCUAAAGGUGGCUCAACAAAAUAUUUAACAUUUAAUUGUCGUUAUUUUUGUUUUUUUCAAGAGUCAAUAAAUACAUAUUUGUUCAAUAAUAAUGAUGAUUAGUUUGUGAUAAAAACUAGACAAUUAAAUGGACAACAAAAUAAUAGAUAUACAUUGUGUCUGGUACAUACAAGAAACCUAUUUAGUAUCACCUCAUAAUUACUUUUUUUAUAACAUCUUAUAGUGCGUCUAAUAAUAUGGCCAGGGACUGUAUAUGUAAUCAGUUUUCACAAAAUAUUAAAGCUAUAGGUCCAUUUUGACAAUGAUUUAUUGAAAAUUAACAAUUCGGUUUUUGUACAGUUUUCUAAGCAACAGUUGAGUAAAUACAUUCAUAAAUCGCCACUUUGAAGUUUUAAACGUGCUUUAUCAAAUAAUUACCUUCAAAUUCGUUCAAAAUUCUUUACUUUUUACUGGUAAAAAAGUUCUUAAAAUUGUGCAUUUUGGCCUUAAGUUGUUAAUAAUUUAAAAAGUCCACCUGAUCUACUGCAUGAGUCAUUGAGGUUUUGGAUAUCAAGGUUUAUAGAAGUCAAAAAACUUGUUAUAUGCCUGACCGGUCAAAGUCCCAAUAGGGUACUUUCAUAUCUUCACUACUCUGGACUAACAUAGAACUGACGACUAGUAGUAGGUUGAAUAUAGUCCAGUAAAUAUUUAUUUUUUUAACGCUUUCGUUCACCAUGUCAUCAAUUGAUGACAACCUAUUCUAUAACUUUUUUUAUGUAGCAUUUGUUUUUACCCUCGUAACAUAUUGUCCCCGAUUAUGGACAUCCCAUUCCGUCCAAUGAGUACUUGUGCUGCCAUCUAACGGCUUUUGAACAAAAUAUUUAAUUUGUUGAAAUACCUAUAGGUAUUUAUUUUUACUUAUGACUGGUGUAUACAGCGCCAAUUCAUUUGAAAGUUUUUUCGUUAAUGUGAACAAUUGUUAUUGAACGUGUCGUAUGGUAUUCAUAAAUAGUAGUUGUUAAAAAGCUAUUGUUAAUAGCGGUUUUGCUUAAAAAUAGCUACCACGGAUUUUCUGAAAAGCAGGUACUCGUUUGUGGACGUUGUGAGUCAACAGAAAAAUUAAUUUUUAGGUAAAUUGCCUUGGCUGUAAGGGCCAAUCACGAAUGACAUGCGACAAAUACAAUGUUCAUUUCUGUAUAAGUGAAGAAAAACAUUGUUUUAUUAGAUGCCAUACAUUACUUAUUGCAUAAAAUACUUUAGUUUUUGCUUUUUGUCAGUAUUUAAAAUUUUUACUCUAUUGGCUCACGAUGUCCUGAAAUGAGGACAUCUUGUAGUGACCAAACUGGGCAUUUUAAAAAUGUAAAACUAAUAUCAAAAAUCUCGCGGUUGCAAAUUUCAGAUUCUAGCUUAAAGAAAUUUAAUUCGUGAACGAAAGGGUUAUUUGUAACUUCUGGGAGUGAUAUCACUUUCUGAUAGAUCAGUGAUAAAUAUUUUAACGAGUUAUAGUUACUUCUACCACAUCGAGUCAAAUCGAGGACUUUGAUCUCUUCUUGUUUAAAUGGAUAUUUGUAAAACGUUUUAAAUAGAGAGUAUGCGGAGUACUGGAUCCAUUUUGUUUAAUCAUCGCAUUGUGUCGCUCUGUGUGACGGUUUAUCAAUUUUUUUUAAAGAAACAAACAUUUUGAAAAUUUGUGAUUUUUCUUUUAGGUUUUAUUUAUUUUUGUAUUGUAUAUAUUAGUUACUACAGGAUUUUAGUUUUGCCAUAUUCUAUGUUUAGUAGCUAACGAUAGUUUUCACUUGAUCAGGUUAAGGGUGUAGGCGCAAAAUUUCGCGCCAAUGUGUUUUAAAUGCAUUCAUUUUUUUCGAAUCAUAAGAAAAAUAAGUAUUUUUGAAAAAUUUAAACGCAGAAUGAACGAUUGCAUUAUUACCGAGGGCUGAAAGUCCCUGAAAACUUCUGUAAUGUUUAUUUUAGUAAGUUACAGGGCUGAAAAAAGGGAAAAUUAAUUGUGAUUUUAAUUCCAAAUAUCUCAUUCAAAAGAAACAUUUUGGUUAUUCAAGAGACUUUCGGCUUUCGGUAAUAAUAUAAUCUUUCACUCUGGGUUGAAAUUUUUCAAAAAUACUUAUUAGUUUUUUCAGGAUUCAAAAAAAACUGAAUGCAUUUAAAACACAUUGGCGCGAAAUUUUGAGUCUACGCUAAGUGGAGGUUGUUUCAUUAUUACGUGUUUUUUGAAGUAUUUCCUUUUAUUAUGGCCUAAGUUUAUCCUGAUUCUUCUUGUUUUAAAACAUUAUAUUAAAUGCUAUUUAAAAAAUAGGUUUUAAUUGCUUAGACGCCACUGUUUUUAUAAACAAAAAACACAUAGAAAAUUUGUAUUUUACAAUUUUGUAAUAUAUUUUUGACUGAUUA